AUGGAAGAUAUGGCACGCUUGGCUGUUGUUGAACAAGAAGUCAGGGAUAUAGACAAAUUUGGUAUAAUACUCCACGAAAUUCUCUAUAGCAUCAAUAAUAUUUUGGAGAACCCCCAGAACUAUGACUCAAGGCACAUAAAGAGUGAUAUUUUUGAAAAUAUUCUUGUCUGUCCGGAAUUAAAAGAUUAUCUUACAUAUAUUGGUUUUCAGUGGACAAAAAAUAAACUUGUAUUUCCAAAGGAACAGCCUUUGAAUAGGUUGAGGAUGGCAAAAUCAGCAAUAGAAAGGAAGAUAGGUCUCUGUUAUGGUACACACAGGAUUAAACCGCAGAGGACUGAUAGAAGCAAACAAAAUAUAAAGAAAUACAAAUUGGCUCCUGUUAAUGCACUGACAACAACAAACAACUUAUUAUUAAAAAUACAAAGCUUAUUUAAUAGGGUUUUGGAUUAUGAGGAUGAGGCUUUACAACAAAUCGCCAAAGAUCAGAUACCAAUGAUUACAUUGGAGUUAAGAGCUCUCAAGAGAAUGAGAGAUAGGCAGAAAAAAAUAAAGAAAGGUGAAACAAAGGAAUCAGAUUUGUCAUAUGAUAUAGCUUUUCUGAUGGAAUUGAUAGGAUGGUUUAAAGCGAAAUAUUUCUCUUGGGUCAACGAGCCGAAAUGUGAAACAUGCGCUGGACCUACAAAUUUUCAUUAUAGAACCACUCUUAACACGGAAACUGAAACUUGUAAUGUCGAAAUGUAUUUUUGCUACCAAUGCCAGCGUCAGACCAUUUUUCCACGUUAUAAUGAUGUGCGAGUUUUGAUGCGCACGCGCCGUGGUCGCUGCGGCGAAUGGGCCCAAUGUUUUGCGAUGUUCUGUAGAGCGCUGGGAUACGAAACACGAUACGUGGACGAUUUCGCAGACCACGUGUGGUGUGAGGUGUAUGACUACGAGUCCAAUUGCUGGCUGCACGUGGACCCUUGUGAAGGGGCUCUAGACACGCCGCUGAUGUACUGCCACGGUUGGGGCAAGAAGCUUUCCUAUGUUGUCGCUGUGUCUUGCGACGAUGUGCAGGACGUCACAUGGCGAUACACGACUAACUUUCGCGAGGUCAUGUCACGCCGAAAGCAGUGCCAUGAGCUUGAACUAAUAUCCACAUUGCUAACCCUUCGCGCGCAAAGACAAGCGCAGCUCUCGACGGCUAGACGAAAAUGGCUUACCACGCGCACUCUACGAGAAUUAGUGCAUCUUAUGGUGGAGAGAAAACCAAGUGAUUUUGAGUCACGUGGUCGGAUAUCCGGUUCCAAAGAAUGGCGGACCCAACGCGGUGAGAUGGGUUCCGAGGAGUUUGAGCACGUCUUCGAAUUUGAUCAAGCAGGCGAAAUAGUCCUGCGGUACCAUUGCAGCUCCGAUAAGUACAUCAUUAGUAGAGAUGGGGGUGAGGUAACAUCAAUCAGUGGGUGGUCUUCGGGGGUUUAUAAAUGCGAACACGUAUUCAGGAAUGUUGAGGAAGACUGGAAGCAAGUUUAUUUAGCUAGAGAAGAGGGUGAAAAAACGGGUGAAGUAUCGUGGAAGCUACGGGCCAAAGAUGAUUUGUUAUUUACAUUACUAAAUAUUCAAGUUAUUACUGCCGUUUUUGAAACUGGUAAUGUUAAGUGGAGCAUACAAUAUGAUGACCAGCUACCGAUGCCUGUUGAACUCACCGAUAAGCCAACAAAAUAUGAGAGAAAAUUUAAAGAGGUGACAAUUUUGGCACUAUUGAGUGGUGGAGAAGGCGACGUUGCUUGGCAGCACGCGCAACUAUUUAGACAACAACUUGAUUCCAAGGUCAACACUUUGGAGAUUCGCGCGUCAAUUACAUCGGAGAAACAAUAG